GAUGUGGCUAAAGCUGCAGAGAAGUACAGAGAAUAUGCAAGGAUAAGGAAAUGUAUGGGAUAUGACGACAUUGCGAACGUGAAGAAGGUUUAUUACGACAAGAAAAGCUGUCUAAGAUUCAUGAGACAAUCGAGACUGUCUUCUGAAUGGGUUAAUGAGAAGGAUAAUGGAAUUGUUUUUGUUGAGAUGAGCAUUGAGGAUCCUAAAAAGUCACGCGACUUGAAAGUGAGCUUUGUCUACAACAUGCAGGCUCGAGUAAAUAUCUGGUUGGACUACUACACGGAAAUACUCAAAAGUGUUAUCAUUGUGAACCCUCCAAUAUUCGUGGCUCUCGCUUACAAGGAAGUUGGAUCAUUAUGGAAGGACAAUGACGUUAUUCCAAUCCAACAAUACUUGAAUGUACCAGCCGGCGAAAUAGUCAAAGAAGAACUGCCGACAGGAGGAAAGAAAAAAAUGAUAUAUCAGUACACAGUCAAUACCGAAUCUCAGAUUUGGUUUCAGCAAGGAGAAGUCGAUCUAACACCCAGAUUUAUGCUGGUAACGCCAAAGCUCCCUGAAGAAGAGAUUGUUGACAUGAAAUCCGAUCUGCCUGUUACCUUUUGCAUUUAUAAUCGCAGCAGAUAUUUUUCUGCAAAGGUGAACUUCGCUGUUGCUUUUCUAUGA